UUUCUUUUUAGGUGUCUUUAAAUAUUGGAGUAACUAUACAGUUCAGCCACAUGCAGUAAAUUUGGGUCGAUGGGUGCAAUGCUAGAUGAAUGAGAGUGAAAGCAGUGAUAGCCAUUUGGUGAAAUUAACUUUUACAGAGAUAUCAUCUGAUAUUAGUAGAUACAAGAAACUCAGGAUGGAGUCAUCGUGAUGUAACUCUUGAGGUUAUGAACAGCUAAGUCUCAAAUAUGCUCUCAGGACUUGUUUCGGCUGCCGGCCGCUCUCUGAAGUGGACUUUUCCUCACUGGAAAGCUGCUCUUUACAGACCUUAUUGUCCAUCAGUGCCUGGAAAAUGGCUACCGGGAACUGCGAUUCAAAGAAGGACUCAGAGAUGGACUAUGGCACCAUCAACAAGAGUAAACCAGAAGCCAGUAUUUGCCAGAGCUCCAGCAUUUGGAGAAAAGCUUGCAAUCAUAGACAGCAGUGGCAGCCACAGCUACAAGCAGCUGUACUGCAGCAGCUUAGGUCUUGCGAGUAAAAUCAGUCGAGCUCUAAACUCUGACUUAGGUGGUCUGGAAGGGAAACGAAUCUCCUUCCUGUGUGCUAAUGACGCUUCCUACACAGUGGCACAGUGGGCAGCUUGGAUGAGUGGCGGGACGGCAGUGCCGCUCUACCGAAAACACCCUCCAUCUGAACUGGAGUACAUAAUCUCAGACUCCCAGAGUUCACUGCUUGUGGCAGCGCAUCCCUAUGCUGAAACCCUGGAGCCACUGGCACAGAAACUGGGACUGCCAUGCCUGACACUUCCCCCUACCUCUAACCUGGAUGCUUUAGAGGCAGACAAGCAAGAAAACGACACGACCAUCACAGACUGGGCUGAUCGACCAGCUAUGAUCAUCUACACCAGCGGUACCACAGGGCGACCCAAGGGAGUUCUGCAUACACACAGCAACAUCCAAGCCAUGGUCCAGUGUCUGGCUUCGGAGUGGGCGUGGUCCCGAGAUGAUGUCAUCCUCCACACCUUGCCGCUCCACCAUGUGCACGGCAUCGUCAACAAGCUGCUGUGCCCUCUCUGGGUGGGCGCCACCUGCAUCAUGCUCCCUGAAUUCCAGCCUCAUGAGGUGUGGGAGAUGCUGUUGAGCUCCAAGGCUCCGGUGGUUAAUGUGUUCAUGGCCGUGCCAACUAUUUACUCUAAGCUGAUCCGGCACUAUGAUCAGCACUUCACACAGCCUCAUGUGAAGGACUUUGUCAAAGCAGUCUGCAAAGAGAGGAUCAGGCUGAUGGUCUCCGGCUCGGCUGCUCUCCCUCUGCCUACUCUGCAGCGCUGGGAGGAGAUUACAGGCCACACACUGCUGGAACGCUACGGCAUGACUGAGAUCGGCAUGGCCCUGUCCAACCCUCUCAAGGGCCCACGCAUCCCAGGGGCUGUGGGGUUGCCACUUUCUGGUGUGGAGGUUCGGAUUGUCAUGAAUAACACAACCAACACCACCAUAGCAGAGGGAACUCACAGAGAGACUCAGGUACGUCCAGGUCUGGAGGGGAAAGAAGGGGAGCUCCUGGUUCGAGGUCUGUCGGUCUUCAAAGAGUACUGGAACAAACCUCAGGAGACCGCUGAAUCCUUCACCGAGGAUGGCUGGUUCAAAACAGGAGACACGGCGGCCUAUAAAGAUGGCGUAUAUUGGAUUCUGGGUCGCAGCAGUGUUGACAUCAUCAAGAGUGGCGGCUACAAGAUCAGCGCGCUCGAGGUGGAGCGUCACUUACUGGCACAUCCAGACAUCAUAGAUGUGGCUGUGAUCGGGGCACCAGAUGCAACAUGGGGCCAGAAAGUCACUGCUGUGGUGCAGCUGAAAAAGGGGAAGACUAUGACCUUGCCAGAAUUGAAGACGUGGGCAAGGGAGCACAUGGCGCCCUACACCAUUCCUACAGGCCUGGUGCUGGUGGAGGAGAUGCCGAGGAAUCAGAUGGGCAAGGUCAACAAGAAGGACCUCCUGCGACACUUCUUUCCAUGACUGGACAACUUUGAUGUGUAUGACAACAUACAGAUUCACGAUUGAAGAACUGCAGGUGGACAUCACUGCCUGGUUGUCCCUUUCUGAUCAGAUAAACAUGGACAAGUAUACAGCAAGAAUGGUAAAUAGAGGAAAAACACCUUAUGGAAAAUUCUCUACCCUCUGAGGUAUGUUAAUCAUACUGCAAACACUGCUGCAAGGGUAUUUCUAUUACAUUGAAUACCAGUUAUCCGAAUCAUUCUUCCUUUGUUUUUUGUGUACGAGAGUUCCGGAAGUCAUGACUUUGAUAUGUAAGAACACAAAAUGUGUUGGCAAAUGGUUUGCCAGUUAAUUUAUCCAAAAAAAAAAAAAAAGUCCAAACUAGCUGAAGUAGCAUCGGAAACAAUGAGUAACAAUUCAUUGACCAGAAUUCAUGUGACAAACAAGCAAUACGAAAGAAGUUUACAAACACUGCCAAUGGCUGUUCAGUAUAAUGUGAAUUUCUGAACUCUAUGCAUUCUUAACCGUUUUAGUGUAUGCAGUACACUCACCAAAAACUCCAGUUUUGUGAGUGUGUUCUCAGAUAACACUAAUGUUAUUCCCAAAAUGAAAUCGAAGGGAACUGAGCUGUUCACAUCUGCAAAAUAAAUGCAAAUGAAUUAGAAAAGUUUGUGAGGCAGCUCUUGGAAAACAAAAAAAUUAGUGCUGAAAUUUUCAUGAUUUGUCUUUGGGAUGUUCAUUUUUGACUGGCACUGAUGAUCUGUUGUGUUCUAACUGCAAAAACAAAUGAUUAAUAUAAUAUACUGUUAAUAUGUAGUAAAGGACUGGGAUGAAAUGUGAUCUAGUUCCUUCAGAGUCAAUAUCCCUUGUUUCUGAGACAGUAACAGCUAGGUUUAGCUGCUGAUUUGUGACCUGAUUUUCUGAUAAAAUCGCUCAAACACAGCUGCAGCUUUGGGUCAAGAUUGCCUUAAGCACUCCUACCGGCAUAUUCAGAUGUUUUAUUUGUGAACAUGAUAUGAUCAGAGAAUACACAGUGACAUUUUGAAUCGUGGAAGUGUGACCACGAUUAAGGCUUAUGGUUAAUUACACCAGCACGAAGCAAAAUCAAAGACAAUGUGGUGGCAGAACAGGAGAAUGAUGAUCUUUGGAAACACGGUGUGGCUAAAUUAGCUUCUUAGCACACAGUGAUGACAUGGAUUAUCUGAAAAAUAAAAAGCUGUUUUAAAAUUUUAAUUUAAACAA